AUGACGCGACAUAAAAACAAAGAUAUCCAAUACCAAGCCUGCGAGACUGGAGCACCCUUACUUUCUUCACCACCACCACCACCCACACCAACCCAAGACAACAACAACAACGACGACGACGACAACCACCACCACCACCAUAGCAGUAAUAGCGCACAUCAAGAACCAGCCAUGACAACGAUUACGAUAAACGAUCCCAAGACAUGUCGCAUUUGUGGAGAUGACGAUCAAGAGAGUGAUAGUAGUAAUAUACCCGGCGAGACGAGUACUACGAGCGACGACCAUGCGGCAUACAAAAGGCAUCAAGUGAUGAAUAGUAAAUGCCGCGGAGCAGCACAUACGACUACUGCAGAGGAUGACAACCCGCUGAUACGACCGUGCAAAUGCAAAGGGAGCAUGAUGUAUGUUCAUGUGAACUGUUUAAAUCGAUGGCGCGUCAUGUCUCCAAGGAAAAAGUCGUAUUUAUCAUGCGAUCUAUGCGGGUAUCGAUACAACCUUCACCGACCUCGUUAUGCAGCAAUCGUAUCACAUCGCUAUUUCAUACGCACCAUCACCUUCAUCAUUGUACUGCUUCUCACAGUGGGAUUGGCUUAUGCAUGUAAAGCGAUCGAUGUUUAUGCUUUGGGACAUGUACCACAACCAGAGAAUGACGAAUGGCGGCAAUGGCACGGCCCUACCAUUCUAUGGAUGGAUCGCAUUUACUUGGCAGCAGGCGUCAUUGGCAUCUCAUUUCUUGGCUUUUUAUACGUGCUCAUUGUUUGCAUCACUUCAGCAAGCGCAACAGCUACAGAUGAUUAUACCUCUUUCAAUGCACGUGCAGAUGACGAUAUGCCAUUCAUGUGCUGUGGUCAAGCCAACUGCUGGUAUGGAUGCGAUUUCUACAUUGCAGAUUCUCAUUGCCAUGGAGACGCAGCCUUAGGAGGCAUUAUUGUAUUCGCUAUCUUUAUGUUCAUAACCAUGAUUUUAUUCGGUAUCAUGGGUGCUGUGGGUGGCGUCUAUACUUUAACCGAAUCCAUUGUAAAACGAAUCGCAGGAAGAGUCAAAGAAAGGAUACUCGAAGUAGAUCUCUGA